GCCAGAAGACGCCUCAGUUCAAGUCAAAACGUUGUGUGGAUCGUGUUGUUGUGCCUGAGGUUCGCCCCAAGUGCUGCUCCGUCUCGAUAGCCAUGGAACUCUCUUUGGUUGGUGACAGGGUUUACGCCGCGGAGUGCAUUCAGAAGAAGCGAGUGAGAAGGGGUCGAGUGGAGUACUUAGUCAAGUGGAAAGGAUGGUCCAACAAGCAUAAUACGUGGGAGCCGAUUGAAAACAUCUUGGACGUGCGUUUAUUAGAGGCUUUUGAGGAAAGUCAACGAGAAGCUGGAGGAGGUGCUAAGCGUGGACCCAAACCUAAACACAGAAGAGAAACACGGGAGAGCACGAGACUUGGUCUUCAUGGGUCAACAAUAGAGAGAGAUGUUGUGCGUAGCGGAAGUAGUAGUAGCAGUCGAUUAGAGUUAGACACCGGAACAGAAGAAGAAGAAGAUUAUGACGAACCUGAUGUUGAAACUGCCACCACUACAGUGUCUUCAUCAGUUACAACUUUAACCACAACCACUACAAGUCCAGCUUCUUCACCCAUACAGAAUGCAAACAAACGAAAAGCAGAGCAACCUGUCCGUGAUAUUAAAACUGGAGGCUCAAAUGCCAAAGACAGUCCUGAAAGCCCUCCGCCAAAGUUCUCCAGGCUCAGUUCCCCUAAGUCCCCAUCUCUAUGUAGAGAAGACCAGCACAAGUCACCGAAGACCCCACAGUCAGGAGGUACUCCUUCAUCCCCUACAUCUCCAUCUUCUCAAAUGCCAAAAUACCCAAAGAGUCCACCUCCAAGUGUACCAAAUUCUAACAGCUUAGACACAGGGCUAGUGAAAGUCAAUAUCGAGAAUCCUAACUCUCCAAACUGCCAGAAAAUACCACAUCUGAAUGGUGAUACUGAAGAGGCAAACCCUUUCAUUAUCAAAGAGGAUAUGAAAGAAGACCAUGAGGUGGGAGUGUUAGAGGAGGAAGAAGAAGAAGAGGAGGAAGAGAUGUUAGUUGCUCCUGAUCCAAGCUAUUGGUACAAUCGAAAUCCAUUGGCUGAUGAAAUAUUUAUUACAGACGUUACAGCAAAUCUUAUCACUGUUACCAUACGUGAGUGCAAAACGCGACAGGGGUUCUUUAAAGGUACUGAUGAAAACCAGAAUUCUCAGUCUUCAAUCAAGUGAUCUGAGCCUUUUUUGGGUUUUGUUUAAAUUAAUCACUGAUGUAAGUAUACACUGUACCUAUUAGAAAAUGAACUUUCUCACAUGUUUUGCAUAAUUUUCUAUGCAGUAAAUGAGAAUUGACUCAGUAUGCCUCCUGUAAACUGAUGUUUAUCUAAACAUUCUUGCACUGAUUGUGAUUUUCGAACAAGCAAGUGCAUAUGGACUUUUGUCUUAUUUUACUAGUGUAAUUGCUUCCAUAUAUUGUACAGGUUUUCAUAUACGUAGUGUCAUUGAGUGGCACUUCAUAAGUAUACUGUAUCUUGAAGAAAUAAAAAAAUAUCCUGAGUAUUAAACUGUAUAGUCUUCCAGUUUUGGUGGUUGGCAGUUGGAUAUAUACUUGGGGUAUGUAAAUGAUAAAGCACUGUACCUGCAAAAGUAGUUGUAAUAAGAAAUGUAUACUGUACUGUACAUUAUUUUUAUUAAAGUAUGAACACUUCUGCAAUUUUGGUUUUGGGUGCAGAAAUUCCAUGAUAUUUUGUAUUAUAUGUAAUUUUUAACUGUAUAUUUUUUUCAAGUAAUAUAUCCUGAAUUGGUAUGCAUAGAUAUAUUGAACAUGUUAAUUUUUAUUAACUUUUCUCUAUUGUUUAAUAGAAUUCGACUCUCUCUCUCUCUCUCUCUCUCUCUCUCUCUCUCUCUCUCUCUCUCUCUCUCUCUCUCUCCUCUCGUGUCUUGGAGCCCAAUUGGUAAAAUACUUUGUAGAUAUUAGAGUAUGAUAAUAUAUAUAUUUUCAAUUUUCAUUUUGAAUUUUUAUAUCAAGUUGGAACUGAUUUAGGGCUGACAAGGUGAUGGUAGAGUUUUAAGAGAACAAGUUUAUUUGUAAGUAUUUAAGAUUUCCCUGCCAAAGAAAAAAUUAUAGUGUGUUUACUUCAAAUGAUUAAAAGAAAUUUUAGUACAGUUAU